CCCGCCACGCCGGGACCUCUCCAUAUCUCAUUCGUCCUUCUCCUCUCCUCAAUUCCAGCAAACCUCGUAAGCCCUACAGCUCGCUAGCAGCCUUCGAGAGGUUCACAAUCUCAGCACGCUCCGUCGCUCCGUGUUCUGGCCAUACGUUUGUCAUAGAUACAUAGUAGUCAUGUUCGUUGGCAAGAGAGAACUGGUGCAGGACGAGUUCGGCAACAUCUACGAGAUUCCAGAUGGUUUCUGGCAUUCCAAGACUGGAUACAUCGUAAAGUGGGUCGUGUUCUUGAUAUUAUUCUUCGGAGUGUUCGCCUGGAUCGUGGCAGGCUAUAUCCAUGCCCGAAGUCGAAUGAGAAAGGGUCUACGACCGCUCGCAUAUCAUCGGUGGCUGAUCCCUCGAUCUCAACGGGCUCAAUUCGAGCCGCAUGAUCAUUUUACGUUCUAUCAGACUCAACCAGGCUAUCAAGUCUACGGCAUGCAGAACCACCCGGAGCCACCACCACUAUAUAAUGGCGACAUGCCACCUCAAUACGCCCCUCCGAGUGGUGCGACGAAGGCAGACCCGGUGCAAAACUUUGGUGCUAUGCAUCAAGGAGCCGAGGGUCAUGGCUUUAACAGCGCAUCCAACGAGCCCCAAUUGCCACCAAGAGCAAAGACGAGAGUCGCGCGGGUUACGGAUGCUCUGAGGUUCCUUGGCGAACGGAGGUCGAAGUGAUUAGUCGGUGUUUGCAAUUCACCUCGUCCCUGGAACGGAGCACUCUGAGAGUCCCAUUGGACGAGGCAAAGUCCUUAAAGAGAGGCACGAUUGAGCGUGGAUAUCGUAAGGCUUCGAUAUAUUUAUCAUUGAAGGAGGCAU